AUGUCUGAGAUCGACAAUUCCGAAAUGGAAAACAACGACUUCUUUGCCGACCAGGGUCCCUCAGAAAACUCGACCGCUCACCAAAGAACCAGCACAGGACAAGAAGCUGUUACGGGUAAGAGGACAGAGACACCAAGAGGCCGCCAGCCCUCCCGCACCGUCCGUCACACCCCAAAACGACGAAGCAACACGGCGUCAUCUAGUCCGCCAUCCAGGGCAUCAGCAGCUUCUUCCGCCUCUUCCUACACCUCGGCUCAACGCUCGAUUCCUGAGAUGAGGAAAUGGACAGUCGUAACCCUGAGACAGGCUCUAGAAAAUGCAGACAUCCCUUUCUCCAAGAAGGCAACAAAGGCGGAGUUAAACCACCUAUACACCUCCAGCCUGCCCGGAGUUCUAACAACCGCUCCGACAUCAAAACUAAAAGCCGCUGACAAGACCUGCAGCACCACAAUCCUCCAACACCAGGAAUCGUCUACUCCAACCGCGGCUAGGAAGAGGCGCCGUUCACCAAGCAAGCAAGGACGGCACUCGGCCAGCCUAAGCCACGCCCCGGACCACGCGGACACCAGCACCCAGCCGGCUGCAGGAUCACCCGAGUCCAGCACCUCCGACGACUCCACGCCGGUCCAUCACCACCACGGCGGCGCGAGCACGCGCCCGCCAGCGGCAACCCUCCCUACCCUAUCCCACUAUCCUCCGUCCCACUUUCCCUCCGGUCUCUGGCCUGCAGCCCCAAUGCCUUCAGAUACCGCGAGGUUGCCUCCGGCACAGGCGCAGGCCCAAACCUUUUUCAAUUUUCCUAUUGCCACAGGCUCUGGAGCCGCACAAAGCGUGAUGCUGCAUCCGUACGCGGCUCCAGCAGCCGCCCCCUUAUUCCACAACACUCUAUCCUACCCUAGCCACUGGCCUGCAGCCACACUGCCAAUUGAUAACGCGAGGCUGCCUCCGUUACAGGCACAGGCGCAGGUUCAAGCUUCCUCUCCAUUUCCUAUUGCCUCAGGCUCUGGAGCCGCCCAAAGCGUGAUGCUGCAUCCGUACGCGGCUCCAGCAGCCGCCCCUUUGUUCCCACACACCACAUCCCGUGCCGCCUUCACCAUUCACUCCGCAACACCAAUAGCCAUCCCCCCGAACGCACCAGCCUGGGAACCUCCUCCCGUAGCCAGCAACAUUACGGACCAGAUAUUAGCCGAAGUUCAGGCAGCUAGUUUCAGAAGCAGUCCAACACCCCACCCUAGUACCUCCCUAUUCGUAACCAAUAUUCCCCUAGGCCACCCACUGAAGCCCCUCCUUGACGUCUCUCUCAGCCACAUCAUCCUCUCAGUCUCCCCCAGGACCCUACAAUCUUAUCUCACAGCUUGGAAAUGUUUCAAAUCGUUCCACGCUAAAUUCAUCCUAACAUUCCCAGACUUCUCAAUGCUAGCCAUCACCUCAUUCAUCUCCCACCUAAACACCUCAAAAAACCUCCAAGCCAGUUCCAUUAAAGGAUACCUAAGCGGAUUACAAUUUUUCCACAAACUCAUUUUCGGAUCACCUUCACCCCAAAUAGCCAGCUCACAGACCUCCAUGCUGAUCAAAGGCAUCCAAAGAGGCCACCCCUCCCGCCCUGACCCCAGAAAACCCAUAACACUAGAAAUACUAACUAAGUGCAUAAUCACUCUCCGCCAAGGCUACCACUCCACGCACACUGCCCGCACACUGGACGCCAUGUUCCUAUUAGCUUUUUUCGGUUUCCUCAGAUGUUCAGAACUCACUAUCACAUCCAAAUUCAAUCCAGACAUCCACCCCACCAUUUCAGAUCUCUCCGUAAUGGAUGACGACACAAUAUCUUACUUUAUUAAACAGAGUAAGACAGACCAAACAAAGAGAGGCCAUCUAAUAUACAUAUUUAAUCUACCAUCAGCUCUCCAACCAUACCAAACCCUCCAAGCCUACCUCCAGCUCAGAAGCACACAAACCCUAAACCCCUCCGACCCUCUCUUCGUAGACGAUUUCAACCGCCACACCACGCGUUUCUGGUUCCAGAAACACCUCAAGCUAGUCUUGAUCCAAUCAGGCAUCCCAGCCGAUAACUUUUCCAGCCACUCCUUCAGAAUCGGAGCAGCCACAACAGCGGCCCAAAAAGGACUCUCCCAGCACCAAAUCCAAACACUCGGCCGUUGGUCUUCAGAAGCUUUCAAAAGCUACAUUCGUUCCGAUCGUUCCCACAUUAAAGAAGCACACCGAACCCUCAUCAACCAAAACCGUUAA